CCUCCCCCCAUUUUAAUACAUAAUUUUGACUUCCAUAGCAAAAAAAAAAAAAAAAAGAUAAAGAUAAAUGCCCCCUUUGCUUGAACAUACCCCUCUCCCAUUCUCUGUCUUUCUCUUGUGAUUCUUGUUGUGUUGAUAACUUUUCUAUUCAAAGUUCAUCACUUUCUCUCUCUAGAAUCUUUUUCCUGUUCUGGGUUGGUGUUAUGAUACAGAGGUGAUUGAUCUGUGAAGAGAAGAUGGGGGGUUGUGUAUCUGCCCCAGGGAAUUGUGUUGGGGGGAGAUUUGGGUCUUUGAAGAGGAAGAGGAAGAAUAGGAGAAAGAAGAAUUUGAGGAGGAAAGUGUCAUCCCGGUUAUCUGAUAGAUCGGUGAGCAAGGGUGAUAGGUCUGUUCCGUUUGACCAUCGCUCCUCCUUCGCCAACCCAGAUUUUAAAGGGAGCAUUGAAGAGGCAUGGUUUGAUUCAUUUCCAGUAUUUGAGUCUGACGGUGAAGAUGAGUUUGAAAGUGUACAGGAUGAUGCAUUUUCCUCAAAUGGCUUAGAACGUGCAUCUGUAUCAAGUAUUUCAUCACAAAGAGAUGCUAAUUGUGGAGAACAUUCUGCACACAAUUCUGUCAGUGAGGUUGCUAAGCGUUCAAAUAGUCAAGUCUUUAAUUCAGAUGAUGUUGAUUCCCAGGCAAAAUGUGAUGGGCCUUCUCAUGAAGCAAAGCAACCUGUAUUUAUUGAUGAUAUCUCAUCCUCUGUGGAUGAAGGUGCUGACAAGGAGGAAAGAUUGUUGGAUAAUUGUGGCAUUCUUCCAAGCAAUUGUUUGCCUUGUCUAGCAUCUACUGUUCCACCUGUUGAGAAGAGAAGAUCUCUAUGUUCUAGUCCACCCAAUGAAAAGAAAAAGGCUUCCUUAAAGCUUUCAUUUAAAUGGAGGGAAGGACAUUCCAAUUCUGCCCUGCUUUCUUCAAAGACGCUUCUGCAGAGACCAAUAGCAGGUUCUCAAGUACCUUUUUGUCCAAUAGACAAGAAAAUGCUUGAUUGUUGGUCAUGCAUUGAACCAGGUACUUUCAAGGUCCGAGGAAGGAAUUAUUUUAGGGACAAGAAGAAGGAUUGGGCGCCAAACCAUGCUGCAUAUUAUCCAUUUGGUGUUGAUGUAUUCUUAUGUCAGCGAAAAAUAGAUCAUAUAGCUCGAUGCGUGGAACUUCCAGUUGUUAGCUCUUCUGCUAAACUCCCAUCUAUUCUUGUUGUAAAUGUUCAGGUCUGCCUCAUUUUUUUAGAAAAUUAGUCUAUGCAUGCAUCACAUGUGUUUUUCAUUUUUAUCCAUGACUUUUGGUUCAAGGGUCCUCACUAAGCCCUAAUACUGCUCUUUAAGGUGUCAACUCAUGCUUUAUGUUUUAGUGAAACUGCAACCAAUGACAUAUUGAUCAUGAUAGAGGACCAUCUAAAGCAAUUCUCAUUUCUUUCAUCUUGUUCUGACAUGGUGCCAUAUUUUUGCCUUUUGUAAAUCCCUUCAUUUGUGUUUUCAAAUGAUUCUUGUUCAACACCUUUUUGCUUGCUUAUAUCCACUUUUUUACCAUAUUAUUUUAUUUUUUGGCCCAGUACUUUAAUAACGAAGUUAAGACUCUCCAUAUCCAUGUCAAAAAGUUCAUCUGGCUAUUAUCUCAAAGCCUCACAUGCAUGAGAAGCAAACCUUUUUCUUCUUUAUGUCAUUAUUCAUGUGUUACCAUUUUUUGUGGGCUGUACAGACUCCCUUGUAUCCUGCCACAAUUUUUCAGAGUGAGGCUGAUGGGGAAGGAAUGAGUAUUGUUUUGUAUUUUAAACUGUCUGACAAUUACUCUGAGGAACUUCCACUUCAUUUUCAAGAAAAUUUCAGAAGAUUGAUUGAUGAUGAAGUUGAGAAGGUCAAAGGAUUUCCUUUAGAUUCAAUUGUACCAUUUCGAGAAAGGUUGAAAAUAUUGGGCCGUGUUGCAAAUGUGGAAGAUCUUCAUUUGAGUGCAGCAGAGAGGAAGCUUAUGCAAGCUUACAAUGAAAAGCCUGUUCUUUCUCGCCCUCAACAUGAGUUCUACCAUGGAGAACAUUAUUUCGAGAUUGAUAUAGACAUGCAUAGAUUCAGUUACAUCUCUAGGAAAGGGUUUGAAGCAUUCCUAGACAGACUAAAGCUCUGCAUCUUGGAUGUUGGCCUCACCAUCCAGGCUAGUAGCGAUCCCUCUCUUUUUAAUGACACAUUUGAUGAUGGGCUAUAUAC